AUGAACGGGGCUGAAGGAUCAGGCCUUAUUUUACUGAUAAGACGGAUCAGAAGACAAUGUAUAUUCUUGCAAGCAUAGUGAGGCGAGUCAAUUGCAACGUCGAACCGAACACGACACACCUUCAGUUCACACAGGAGCAGAUACAGGUCAACAUUGAUCCAUCGACUUCGUAUUUUGCCGUCAUCUACCGCAAGAAGUCGACGCAGGUGGCCUCUCUCAAUAGUCGCAGGGUGGUUGUAAAGGUUUAAUAAAACUCUGCUAUAGCUGGAGACAUCGUGAAGAUUACAUUGAUCACAAAAUCGCGCCCAGCAAUUGAUUAGUCGAGUUGGUCCAACUGACUCGUAAACCCGCCGACAUCCGGGGGACACUCGGGCCUCGCGGCCGAAACCCUGGGUGACACUGCAAUGCUAUGCAUAUCACUUGUCUCUUCAUUUGCCC